UCAUACAUUAUAUUUUUCUACAUUUUAAGUACUACUACUUUAUAAAUUUAAUUUAAUUUAACCAAAAACAAAACCAAGGAAAUACAUAUAUACAGCAUGCGCCCACCGAUUAUUCUCGAAUCUACCACCACCUUUUCAUCAUCUUCUUCUUCUUCUUCUUCUUCUUCAUAUUCUUCUUGUGAUCGCAGGUUAAACACACUCGCAAGACACCUUAUCGACGUUAACGAUCAAAAUCAAAUGGCUUCUCAGAAUAUUUCUCCUUCUCCAACCGCUUCUUCCAAUUCCGUCUUCGCUCAUCUCACUCGUGCUCCUGAAGAUCCUAUCCUAGGGGUAACUGUUGCUUACAACAAAGAUCCAAGCCCAAUUAAGCUCAACUUGGGUGUUGGUGCUUACCGAACUGAGGAAGGUAAACCCCUUGUGUUGGAUGUAGUGAGGCGAGUUGAACAACAACUGUUGAACGACGUGUCACGCAACAAGGAAUAUAUUCCAAUUGUUGGGCUCGCUGAUUUUAACAAAUUGAGUGCUAAGCUUAUUUUUGGUGCUGACAGCCCUGCAAUUCAAGAGAACAGGGUUACCACUGUUCAAGGCUUAUCUGGUACUGGUUCACUAAGAGUUGGAGGAGAAUUUUUGGCUAAACACUACCACCAAAGGAUUAUAUACUUGCCACAACCUACUUGGGGAAAUCAUCCAAAGAUUUUCACCUUGGCAGGUUUAACUGUCAAAACAUAUCGCUACUAUGCUCCAGCAACACGAGGGCUUGACUUUGAAGGACUUCUAGAGGAUCUUGGUUCUGCCCCAUCUGGAUCUGUUGUUUUGCUGCAUGCAUGCGCACAUAACCCUACUGGUGUUGAUCCAACACUUGAACAAUGGGAGCAGAUUAGGCAGCUGAUAAGAUCAAAAUCUUUGUUACCCUUCUUUGACAGUGCUUAUCAGGGUUUUGCCAGUGGAAGUCUGGAUGCAGAUGCACAGCCUAUUCGUUUGUUUGUUGCUGAUGGUGGUGAAUUGCUGGCAGCCCAGAGUUAUGCAAAGAACAUGGGUCUUUAUGGUGAACGUGUUGGUGCCUUGAGCAUUGUCAGCAAGUCAGCUGAUGUUGCAAGCUUGGUUGAGAGCCAACUGAAACUUGUGAUUAGGCCCAUGUACUCAAGUCCUCCCAUUCAUGGUGCAUCCAUUGUGGCUGCCAUUCUCAAGGAUAGGGAUUUGUUCAAUGACUGGACUAUUGAGUUGAAGGCAAUGGCUGAUCGCAUUAUCAGUAUGCGCCAACAACUUUUCGAUGCUUUACGUGCUAGAGGUACACCAGGUGAUUGGAGUCACAUUAUCAAGCAGAUUGGAAUGUUUACUUUCACAGGAUUGAAUUCUGAGCAAGUUUCUUUCAUGACUAAAGAGUAUCAUAUAUACUUGACAUCUGAUGGGAGGAUUAGCAUGGCUGGUUUGAGCACCAAAACAGUCUCUCAUCUGGCGGAUGCAAUACACGCAGCUGUAACCCGAGUUGCCUAAAUUUUACCGAUUGUUUUGGACUCGUUCCCUGUUGGUGGAUAUUUUUGUGGAAUAAUUGUGUCAUCACAAUGAAACCGUUAUUUAUAUUUUAGACAAUUACAUCAGAUGUUUUCAACUUAAUUUAAAGUUUUAAAUAAGUCUUUUACUAUUA